GUUCUUUGCCUUUGCUGCGCGUGAGGAAAGCGUGUAUGUAGGGGGAGAAGCAGGACAGCUGCCAUGCGGAUUGCAGACUUGACGUGAAAAAGACAGGACAGCAACUGUUACUCAGUCCUGAAGCUUAUCAGCUUUUUUGGUGUAACUUUUGAGACAGGGGUAUUUUCCUGAAGAGAGAGAGAGAGAGAGAGAGAGAGAGAGAGAGAGAGAGAGAGAGCACGAGCACACAGCUGCAGGCGCGCGCGUUCCUGAACAUGACUCGUGCUUCACGUGCGCUUUUUAUUCCCGACAAUUGAUUCCGGAAGAAUAUCAAAUCUUCCUCAAAACAGAAGAAGUUCAUUAAUCAACUGUUGGUACUGAUUUAAUUCUAAUGUAAUGGAACCAUUUUUAGCGCCUCGGAGCUCAUAAGCAUGGAUUUAUGUUUGAAGAGACUAAGACAAGAACUGCUUUCUAUGAAAGAGGCUGGUGAUGGUCUUCAUGCUCAAAUGAACUCCAUGAUGGGGGCUCUUCAAGAACUCAAACUUCUCCAAGUCCAAACUGCCCUUGAGCAGCUGGAGAUCUCGGGAAAAAAGAAUUGUGCAUCUCCACCACCAGCUAAAUCCAUUAACUGUAACUUUCAGCCUCAAGACCAGGAACAUCAGUUAUCUGAGAUCUCUGGCCAAAAAGAUAAAGUUCAACUUCAUCACCUACAUCGCAGUAGUGUCGGGACUUCACCAUCUACAUCCAGUCUGGAAAGUGAGGGUUUGCCUUUGCUCAAGAAGAUCUCAGGAUACACUGCCCCACAAGUUGAAUAUUGUGGCCCAAAAAUGUGUCAAACACCAACGGACCACCAAAGCAUGCACCCACACUCAUCCCGACUUACAUCAGUGGAUCUGUCUGGGAUUCUCCAUAGCUUGUCUCGAGAGGGACCAUCCUUGGACAGUGACUACAUCGAAGACAGCUUGGACGACUCCAGUGAUUGGACGUCCUCUCUCAUGAGUCGCAGCCGCAAUCGUCAACCCCUAGUGCUUGGAGACAACGUGCUUGCUGACCUGGUAGGCAACUGGCUUGACCUGCCUGAAGUGGAUAAAGACUGUAUUGAAGGGGGAGAGGGAAUCAACAGACCAGACUCCCCUGCUCAUCCGCUCUGCCUCAGCCGAUCCCAAGAGCUCUGCAAAAGGUUCUCGCUGACAAGCAAUAUCUUCAAGAAGUUUCUGCGUAGUGUGCGACCUGACCGGGACAAACUGUUGAAAGAAAAACCUGGUUGGAUGCCACCAGGUCAUGACUCUGAAGCAGAGCUUUUCAAGAGACCCAAGAAAACCACCAAGGCCAAGGGUAGAUUCUACUUGCCAUUUUGGGCAGGGGGUGGACAGCAAGCAAAGGGUAGAUUGUGUCCUCAGCCAGCAGAGGAGAGGGGCCAUUUAUUAGGACUUUACCUAGGUAGGAGACCUACAGAUGCAGUGGAAAAGGUCCAGCCUUUGCUUGAUUACCAUACAGCUGUUUGGGUUUAACAGUGAUUUUCUGGAUGACGAGGUGGGAAUUCAACAUUUGCGCAGAACUGAGUGAGAUUAAAAAUUGAUUUGGUUUGGACUUCGUCGAUGACAAUCUAUCAAAGCCUUCAGGGUGUGAAAUGAGAUCUUUUUCUGAUGAAAAGCACUCGCCUCUCAGUGAGAAUACAAAUACCCAAGACACUUCUGCUGAUAUGCUAAUAAUUUGUUCGUCUCCACUCUUUCUUGUUUUAAUCUCUUCAAAUCUACUUUCUUGUUUUAAUCUCAAACACAAAUCUACCAUGGUGUCUGCACUGAAUUACCACAGUCUUCAUUCAGGGCAAAUAGAGGUUCCUCUCGACUAUGAACUUCUGUAAAACUGUUCAGUGUGUUUACUUUCGGAUCUGUUUUUAGAGGUUGCAUUAUGUACAGUAUGGCACAGAUCUUCCUCCCAACACUUACAUGUAGACCUGCCUUUAGUAUCUUAAUGAAAUAGGAGAAAAGUGUCAAACUUUUUUUUUUAUUCACCGACAAAUUUAAUAUCACGUUUGAACCAAUACUCUAAUAGUUCAUUUUUUAUUUAAAUAAUUAGCUUGUGCAAAUGGAUCAACUGCAAAAUAGUCUCGCAGUCUUGCAUUUGACAUACAAAGGAUAAUAGUGUACAAUGCCCAUACCCCCCCCCCCCCUCCCCCCACCACCACCACCACCAUUUGAUCUUACCUCAGGUGACUUUGAAUCUCAAAAGGACUCCUAAGAAGAAUACACUGAAACUUGAGAUGGCAGAAUAUCAAAAAUGUACUUCAAAAAAAAAAAUGUCUGAAAUAUGCAAAAGGAUGUAGCUCCAACUGACCAGGUCAUCAUUAUUUGUUUUAGAAGACACAAUAAUCCCUUUUGAAUCUUACAUAAUCUUUAAGAGGGGGGAUAUGAGGCUACAUUUUUCAACUGGUGGCUUGUCAGGGGAAAUAAAUGUACACAAGUACUUAUACCUUGUAGAAAAGCUGUGGGUUGGGUUGUUUCUUUUUUUUUUCCAGAUACGAAAUAUACUUCAGCAUCAUGCAUCAUUCACAAUUCAUGACACGACCGUAAAAUAACGAGGAGAAAAUGCUGAUACACAAAAAGCCAUUCUGUGCUCUGAGGGUGAAAAUGAACUGUCGACACUUUUCUACCAUAGUCACAAAAUACUUUUGUACCUAACUGGGAUUUAUACAGUGGAGGUGGGCAUGGGAAUGUAGAAAUGGCGUCUAGUUUGUUAAGCCUGUAUUUUGUUGUCUUGCCAAAGCAAGGGUUUUUUUUUCAUGUUAUUGAAAUCAGUGUAUAUAUACUGUGAGACCUGUCUGUUGUUACACUUUCAAUAAAAAAUGUAUAUUUCUUUAUAUUUGAAAACAAAAAAAAAUGUAUUAAGUGUCAGUGAUGACCUUACUGCAUGUCUGAAACUCAAAAACGCAUACAAUAACAGAUAAGGUUUUCAUGAAUUGAGCGUUUCCCUUUGCAAAAAUAGUUAUCAAAACUAUUGGCACCCCCCAUCGAUAAUAAUUAAUGAAGCCUCCCCUGUAGAGAGAAACGCAUCGAACCUGUUCCCAUCAUGUCUAAGAAGAUUGGAGAUUUUGGACCCUCCGCCAUACAGAAUAUUUUAAGCUCAUUUAUAUAUUCUUAUGUUUGUGUAUAUAGACAUUCUGUUUAAUCUUAAUAGCAGGUUCAAAUCUGGGGACUGAAAUGGAGUCCUGUUUCUAUUUUUGUUGUAGGGUACAUAGGGUUCAUUUUGUUCCACCACAUUGUUAUGGUUUGGGGCAGAAACUUUGAUUUUGGACUCAUUGGACCUCAACACACAAUUCCAACUCCAGCUCCAGUGUGGGAGUCAACUCCAGGUUUGGGUUUCAGAAAGCGCCAAACAGGAUGUUGUUUUUGAGGCACCUAGUCGGGUAAGGAUGGGGAAUGAGGACAAGGGAGGCAGGCUUCUUAUCUACCUGUGGAGAUUAUUUUAUUUAAAUCGACACAGUGCUUUUCUAAUAUAAAUAUUACACACACAAAGUUACUGUUGCCAUUGUCUGUUCAUGGUCAAGGUUGGUGGAGUUGUUGCAUCCUCUCACUCUCGCUCUCUCUUUGUCUCAUUAACUGCACACCGGUGUAGAUACUCACUCAUUACCUGCUCAUUCUCCAUGAUAUCCUCUCCUGCUUCACAUCUGGUACUCACACCCCACUUGCUACAAUGAGUAAUACAUGAGUUGACCCCAAGAAUCAACAAAACUCACUCAUUCACUCACUGUGAGUAACCACUUUAUGCUAGUCAGCUAUCGAGGUGUAUACGGAGUCAUUCCCGGGAAAACUGGCCACAAGCAACUUACUGGCAUGUUUUUGAGAGAUGGGAAGAAACCAGAGAACCUGGAGAAAACCCAUGCGGACACAAAGAUGGCAUACGAAAUGCCACACAGACAGUAACCUGAGCUCAGGAUAGAACCAUGUGUCAGCCAUCAACUAUGCUGCAAUUCUUUGAGU